AUGAUGAGAACGCUGAUAACACCUUGUUGUGGAGUAGAAUUUGUUCACUGUGCUUUUUAAAUGUGUAUGGUCAUAUUUGCUCCGAUUUUUGCCAUCUGUGCAUUUGCAACAUGUGGAGGAUAUUCUGGUCACCUGCGGGUUAGGGUGGAAUGUCUGGACAGGACCCAGAGUAACCUCAGCAUCACCAUAAACUUUGCUUAUCCCUUCAGGUUACAGCAGGUGUAUUUCAAGCCCAUGCUGUGUGAGGGACACAGACAGGAGACCAUCUUCCUGGUAGGAGAUUUCUCCUCCUCAGCUCAGUUCUUUGUAACCGUGGCUGUCUUUGCCUUCCUCUACUCCUUGCUGGCCACGGUGGUAUACAUCUACUACCAGAACAAGUAUCGUGAGGGCAACAGAGGACCACUUGUGGACUUUGUUGUGACUGUUCUGUUCGCCUUCAUGUGGUUGGUGAGCUCCUGUGCCUGGGCCAAAGCCCUAUCAGAUGUGAAGUCAGCCACUGAUCCCACCCAGGUCCUCCUGCUCAUCUCUGCCUGCCGACGACCAGCCAACACAUGCUCAGCUUCCCAGCAGCCACUCUGGUCCGAGCUCAACACUUCCGUGGUGUUUGGAUUCAUAAACUUUAUCCUCUGGGCUGGCAACAUUUGGUUUGUCUUCAAAGAAACAGGCUGGUACAAAACUGGCCAGAGGUACCCAAAGAGAAGUGCUUCUGGGAGACGGGCCAAUGGGAUGAGCCAACGACUCUGCAGCCAGAGCAGUAUUGACCAACCAGGGGACAGCUUCUAUCAGCAUCCAUACAGGCAGACUAGCGUUGAUCAAUCACUGGAAAGCUUUGGCCAACAGCGCUACAACCAAGUUAGCUUCAACCAAGCACUAGGGACCUUCCUCUUGCCACAGACUAGUCUAGAACAUCCAAUCAUCAUCAGUCAGGGGGAUGUGUCCUCUAAAGGGCUGAUGUUUGUCAGUGAUACUUAGAAAACAUUUAAAAUAAAUGUUUGCGCUUAUUUAUUCACCUUCAGUAGCAUGACUAAAUCUGAAAAUACUUUGGCACAUUCACUCCUGGCCACUGGUUCACCAAUCCUACAGUAUGUAGAUAUGAAUUAAUAUCUAAGAAGGUGACUUGUUACAGGGAAAGGGGAUUCACCAAAUGUGUUGUUGUGAGGACAUAAAAGUGUUUUGGAGAUUAUGUGAAAUCUAAUAGUAAGAAAAGUCUGAAUGUGAGUGUGAUUAUACAGUAUAUACGUUUUUAAUUUGCUUUACUGUAACUUGGUACAUCGGUGCACAAAUAUUACCUGACUUGAGAUUUAAUUAUGUUUAAUUAUAAAUAUUUUUAUGCUUGAGUAAGUUAUGCCAUUUAAAUUAAAACUGUGGUGGGAACAAACAUUUGUUAUCAACUGUUAUUAACUGUAUACCUAACUAGCUACUGUUAAACUGUAAUUAAACUUCCCCUUUUGAUAGCCGUUCAUCCACGCACAUUUUGACAAAGCAGCUCUUUCAAAUAAACACUAGGUUUUAAAUUAUUUGUUUACUAGUGAACUGCGCUCAAGAAUGUGCUUUAGGAGAGCUAUAUCACUGACAUGGAUGAGACAGGACGCAAGAUUUUACCUGGUCAGCUCAACUACGAGGGAUUCAAGGCAAACUGAGGUGCAACACGUGAAGGGGUUUCCACAUCUCCCAAAAAUUAUGAAAGCCACCCAAGCUGUGCCAUUAGUCAGUGGUGUGGCAGUGUUUGUAAAAUGUGAGGAGCUGGAGCAGAAACCUUGAAUUUCGGAUCAGAGAUUUCUUUGUUUCCGGUAACACUAAAUGAACGGUGACAAACGGAGCACACAUCAUAUAUCAGAAUGUAAGCUGAUAUAUGUAGAUAUAAUCUCAUAUUCUAGGUUAUUCUCUUUUUUGCUCUUUAUACUGAAAUUGGAGAAGUUUGUUUUAUUUUUGUCUUUAGUUUUCUCUUGUAUUGUUGUGUAUUAACUUGUAUUACAAGGUACAUAUGGUUGUAUAGUUUGAUGUGUAUAUUCUAUUUUGAUAUAUAUUGUUGCAGUAUUCAUGGUUCUUCCAAAAAGAGACCUUAAUCUUCACAUUUAUUCACUGGCAAAAUAAAAGUAAUAUAUACAUAUACAUAAUAUCUCCAAGCUGCAUGCAAUGGUAUUAAUGAUUUCUUCAGACUGGUGCAUGAAAAAAAAUCUGUCUUGAAAACCACAAGUAUCACUUUAAGGAAAUAGAUGUCUGCCUCACAUAGUAUGUGCUGGUUAUGUUCAGUGAUUUAAACAUUUUGUUAUAAUUUCAUAUAUUUUGUUAUAUCCGAUUCUGAAAUUGAUGCAGUGUCCUUGAUUGGUAGUGGCUGUGAUGUACUAAUUGUCUUACACACAGUGUUGUUCCACGCAAUGUUGUAAUUUUCCAAUGGUUUUAAAGUGAUGGUAAUAUUUCACAAUAAUCUUAAAAAU